ACGUCGUACAUAGGAUUCAAAUUGGAGGGAAAACCGCGCUCUCGCCAUUGCGGUUGUAAGGAAAAGUGUCAGAAGUUUCUAAGCUAUUCAAGCGGAAAGUGCGAGGCAUUCUGAAAGAAUAAAUAGGUGGUGAAAAUUUUAAAUUUUCCAAUAGUGUUUCAGUGCUACUGAGUGAAAGUGCGCGAAAUGUCUCAACCAACGGUUGCAGCAUACUUUAAUACUCGCAAACGCGUAGCAGCGGAAGAAUUGAGUGGAACCAUACGUAACAAGGUACUGGUGGUAGAGCAUUCGGCUUCUGAGUUUGCACCAGAGCCACUGUGUCCGAGCCAAGUUCUAGCCAACACUAAGAAUUUUCUUUCCAAGAAUGCCGCUAUUGAGGGAUCAAUCAUGGGUGCUGCAAGCCUCACCCCGGAGACGAAGCGGAUUACCAGAUCCACCAGAAGCAUCAAACGCAUUGGGGCGGUAACGGUGGACGAGAAGACCAAACAGAUGCUAGAUCAGCCAAAAUUGGUAAAAUUUUUGAAAAUGGGAGCUUUGUCACCGAAGAAAAAGAUGUCUCAACAAUUGGCCAGUCCGGUUAAGGCGUCCCAACCGGCGACGGUUCCUAGUGCGGAGUUUUCCGUUAAAAACAACGCUAGCAAUGUUGAGCGGGGCAUGAGGACGCCAACGAAGCAAACGCCACAAGCUCCGGUCAGACCGGCGGCCCCAAAUGUGGCCAACAUGCCACUCAAUGAGAUCAAGAGCAAGCUGAGCCGAAGUGCCCGGUUGGCUGAGCUGAAAACUUCGCUGAACAAGCUGCAGAACGGGUUCGAUAGACUGGAUCGGAUGGAGAAGGUGCGACUCGAGAAUAGUAAGAUAGCGCCGGUUCCGCCCAGCCCUACCACAGCAGCGCGUAAUCUUAAGGAAUUUCAGACGCUCGAGGUCGAGGUGCCUGUGAGCCCUCUGAAAGCCGCCUUCAUCUCUCCCACAAAGAUGUUCCACCGGACUCCGACCAAGGCGAACCACAGUUCACUUAUGUCACCUCAGAAGACAAUAACGCCUAAGAAACUUUCACUGUUGAUGAGCCCAAUCAAGGAACCGUCGGCCACGCCGGUCACUGCGAGCCCGACCAAAGUUCCGGCUUAUCAACGCUUCCAAAAUCUCGCGGAAGCCGGUCGUCCGGCGCUUCAACUCCCCUACAAAUACCGUUCGCUGGCAGAGCUGUUCAAAUGUAUCGACACUGUGUGCUCAAUGUUCCACAACAGGAAGGAACAGAUCACAUUCAAGAAGCUGAAACCCGCGGUGCAGCGAAUGGCACGCAAAAAUUUGUUCGAAAGUCAUUUAGCUCAAAUAAAAACCUUAUUUCCGGAUGCAUUCGUACUGAGUCAGGAGUUGACCAAGAACUACGGUUCGGCCACUAAGCAUGACACAUAUCAGCUUGUUAUUAAACCAAACGUGGAGGAAAAGGUGCCGAAACAUACCGGCGAUGACGCGAAUAUCGUUCGUAGCGCUCAAGAUCAUGCGAUGAAUCCACAGGUGAUAGUGGAACGUGGCCAGAAGUUCCAUCGACUCUUAUUGGAGAAAGCGAAAGAGGCACACGUGAAAUUUCUGCGAGGGUUAGACCCACCCGUCAUACUGACCAAAGAAAAAAUCACUCGUUGGCAUCCGGAGUUCGAUCUCGAAUCUUGCCCCGACAUAGAGAAGGCUGAGCUCCCACAACCACCGAAUGUGGAACGGUUCUCUUCAGCCAAAGAUGUUCUUUCAACGGCUAGAAACUUAUUCAACUGUGGUACGGCGAUGGAACGAGCUUUUCAACGACUGGAAGAAAAGAAGCGUCAGGCAGUUGUAACGACUACAACAGAAACAACAGCAGCACCAGUAGCUGCUUGCGGUCAGGAGGAUACCAAAGAAAUCAAACCCUCCCAACCAACAGAAACGAAGACUGAAGAUCCUAGGCAAGCAGCAUUCAAAAACAUUCCCAAAGCACUACUGGAGAAAAUCCGGGCCAAACAAGCCGCCAAAGCGUUGGAUCAGAUGACCCGGCCACCCUCACAGGAUCGUGAAGCUAUCAAGUAUAGCAGACUGCCGGAAAUUGCUCGCCAUCUGCGAAAUGUAUUCAUCACCGAGAAGAAGGGUGUUCUGCCGCUUGAGAUGACCCUGGUCAGAAUUGAGAACAGCUAUCGGAGCAAACUGUCGGUGAAAGAGCUAGAGGAACAUUUGAAAAUGAUCGCCAAAAUUACCCCCUUCUGGCUGACGAUGACAGAGGUCAGGAAAACUAUGUACGCGAAAAUCGUGAAAGAUUACGACUUGGCGAAAGUUAUUAAAUUGCUGGAAAAGAAAGCAAAUGAGGUGUUAGAAUCCUGAUUUCUAUAUACACCGUAAACCAAAGUUACAGCCGUGCUUGAAGAAUAUAUUCCAAUAUCUUAACAUUUUAUUCGCCACAGUUUUUCGUUAGAAUAAUUUUCGCCAUUGAACAUUUUUUUAGCAUUAGCGACAAAUUGUUAGUUUAAUGUCAAAAUUAAUAUUUUAUUGUAAAUUUAUGAUCAUUUGCACUGUUUUUUUUGUGUUUGUGUGUAAUAGAUAAUGAAUGUAAUACAAGUUGAAUUUAUCAAUGAA